AUGGCUAAACUUGGUUGUUUCGUGGGCAUAUAUUCGGUAAUUCUUCUAAUAAUAUUCGGGGUAUUUUGCUAUUUGAUGUCCACUGUCAAUCCGCCUUCACAGAAACCGGAUCCAGGUUCGAGAAAAUAUGGGACGGAUCACUUCGUAUAUUCCGAGGAAGUGUUUGGAGAUGAUAUCGCGGCAUAUGGAUUAGAAAAGGCCAUAGAUUAUUAUAACUCCUUCGAUGCAUUUCCUAGAAGCUCCGUCAAAAAUCCACUCUAUAGAGGAAUGAGUACGCCAACAAUAUACAUGGACCAAACAACCAAGAGUAAUCACUCCAAAAAGAUAUUCCAAUUAAUCACUAAAUCAGUAAAACACAGUAAAGGACUUCGACGAUCGAUUUAUGAAGAAAAUAUAGAUAACGACGCCCUCCUUAAACUAAUACAUUUGAAAAUAAAAAACGUUAACGGUCAACCGGCGAUUGAGAUAAAAGUCGUGCCAGAAACGUGUAGGAAUAAAGAAUCAAGAAAAACUAGAAGAACAGAAAAUAUGACAGAAACAGAUUACGAUAAAGAUGACGCUGGAUAUAUGAACAAUUACUCUGACGAAGUAUUCAUUGAGCUGGUACAGAACGAUACAAUAGUUCUAAACUUCGACGACAAUAAAAUUAAUGUGUCCACUAAUAGCAUCAAGGAAGAAGACCUCUUGUUGAAAUCUAUCACGAAUGAUGAAGUUUCAGAUAAAGAAAUUAACAUUAAUACCAAAUUAUACACACUUAAUUUACUGAGCACGGGAAAAUUCGACGAUAAACAAGGAAUUACAAAUAAAACUGAUAAUACAAAGAAAAUUGAACACACAACAACUUAUAGAACGACGCAUAACGAAAGCAAUGGUACUAGAUUAAUGAAGUUUUUAUUUAGCUCAGUUUACAAUAAAAAUAACACAAUUGAAUCGUCUUCUAGCACUAAUAAUGUAACAAUAGACGAUUCAUCUGACGAAGAAGAUGCUACCACUAACAGCCCAAUAGACAACACAUUAGCUGGACUCUUAAUACAAGAGGCCACAGCAACUAACUCGUAUAAUAUCAUUUAA